AAAACUAAUGACGAACCAACCCAGCCAACCAAGUUGGCCAUUGGCGUCCCUGGAGGUUUUGAUCUUCCGCAUGAUCGCUACACGGUUGAAGAGCACUGGUCCUUGGUGCGUCUCCCAGAGGGCGAAGAACUGGAAGUGCCUUGUCCGCCGCCGGACGGUGGAACCCCCAGUGUCAACCACUUGAAGGAUCUUGCUCUCUCUGAUAAGGUCAAAUCCUGCAUUUCCAAAGUCCAGUGCACUGAAUCGGCUAUAAUGGCUAGUGAACGUGCCGGAGCUGCGGCCGCUUGGGAAUGUGAGAACCCUUGCCCCAUCUCAAAAUAUGCCGAAAAGCUCGUUCAGUUGGACAAUUCUGUAAAAAUUUCCCCUAAGGGUCAUAAAUGUGCCAAUUGCGAUCUCACCAACAACCUAUGGUUGAACCUCUCUGACGGCCACAUAGGAUGUGGUCGACGAUUCUGGGACGGUACCGGGGGCAACAACCAUGCAAUUGAUCACUACAGUGAAACGGGGUACCCACUCGCUGUGAAGCUUGGCACGAUCACUUCAACAGUAGGCCUUGUCCCUAUACCUGAAAAUUAA